AUGAUUUUUUCUUUUUAUAUACCAAGUAGAAAAACAUCAGAGACAAUUAGGUAUAGACAUAGCAAUACUGCCUGUCUGCCUCCAUCUCCUCGUUGUCCCUUCUCUCCUGACCUUUCAGCUCCGAUUCGGAUGGCAGCCCUAACCCGCUUCGUAAAGCGCACAACACCCUUAUAUUCCUUAGCGCGUGGUUUCUCUUCCACAAAUCCCCACGCGCCUCCGCGUGAAAACAGGAAUAUUCAAUGGGUUUUCUUGGGCUGUCCCGGCGUCGGUAAAGGCACCUACGCCAGCCGCCUCUGUAACCUCCUCGGCGUCCCUCAUAUCGCCACCGGUGAUCUUGUUCGUCACGAGCUUUCCUCCAAGGGCCCCCUUUCUUCAAAGCUAUCAGAAAUAGUAAAUCAGGGUCAAUUAGUGUCGGACGAAAUCAUUAUAAACUUGUUGUCAAAGAGACUGGCCGAUGGACAAGCUAAAGGCGAAUCAGGUUUCAUUCUUGACGGUUUUCCUCGAACAAUAAACCAAGCAGAAAUAUUGGAAGGGGUGACUGACAUUGACUUGGUGGUCAAUCUGAAGAUCCGAGAAGAAGUACUGCUUGCAAAAUGCCUUGGUAGGAGAACUUGCAGUCAGUGUGGAGGAAAUUUUAACGUGGCUUCCAUUAAUAUCAAGGGUGAGAAUGGUCGCCCUGGAAUGAGUAUGGCUCCACUUCUUCCUCCUGAGCAUUGCAUGUCUAAGCUCAUUACUCGUUCUGAUGAUACUGAACCAAUAGUCAAAGAAAGGCUCCGUGUAUACAAUGAAUUGAGUCAACCUGUGGAGGGGUUUUACCAUGGCAAAGGCAAACUGUUAGAGUUUGAGCUGCCCGGAGGGAUCCCGGAAUCUUGGCCAAAGUUGCUGCAAGCUCUUAAUCUAGAUGAUUAUGAAGAGAAGCAGUCUGUUGCAGCAUAA